AUGAACGAACAGAAAAAAAACAGGAAUGGCAGGUUAUCUAUCUCACUAAAAGACAUACAAUCUGCCACAGAGAACUUUAGUGACAGUAAUUGCAUUGGAAAAGGGAUUUCCUGGAAGCUAUAUGAAGGAAAACUUGGAAAUACCCCUGUUUUUGCAAAGCGGUGGUCUCCUCUAGAAUAUAAUCGCUUUAUACGAGAGGUUCAGAUUCUUCUCAAGUAUAAGCACGAGAACAUCAUUGGGCUUGUAGGCUAUUGUAAUGAAAUGGGCGAAAAUAUCAUUGUUUACGAGCAUGCCUCCAAUGAAAUACUCGAUAAACAUUUGGAUAAUCACAGUCUUACAUGGAUGAAACGCCUCAAGAUAUGCAUCAAUGUUGCAAACGGAUUGGAAUUUUUCCAUAAAGGCCAUCACCAUAAGGUGCAACAUGGGUACAUUGAAAGUGGUGGUAUUCUACUUGAUAAUGAUUGGAAUGCUAAAAUUUCUAAUUUUGAGUCAGCCUCGUUUGUGAUGUUAGACGAACAUGUUGAAGUCCAUCAAUAUUUCGAUGUAUGCGAUUUAGGUGUGAUUUUAAUUGAUAUGUUGACCAGAAGAUUGUCGGAAGUGGAAGUGGAGGGGGGGUUGAAAGAAAAGAAACCACGGGUCGAACAGGGUUAUCUUCUUCAAUCUUAA